AAAAUAAAUUCGUCGAAUAAGAUCGUUUUGGAUUGUCACAAUUACAGCGUAAAAAGGGACUAAAUGCUCUUAUAUAUUUCCCAAUCUCUAUCCGUAGGGAGAUGAUAUCUUCACGAGGACAGCAUCGUGCAACCGUUACCCAUAUUUUCACUGUAUAGAUAGAUGGCUCCGCUUACGUUAGCUCUUCACUCCAACAAUUCAUCAGAUGUAUCAAAUGGGAAAGCACAAAGGUUGCAGUUGAUACCGAAAAAGUCUUUUGCAUCAGUCAGCAUAGGGGAAGAAAAGCCAAUCGAUUUCUUACGAACCGUAUUCGAGGGUUUCAUAGCAGGAGGUACAGCUGGAGUAGUUGUUGAAACAGCGUUAUACCCAAUUGAUACCAUAAAGACCAGACUUCAGGCAGCACGUGGUGGCGGAAAGAUUGUCCUCCAGGGGCUAUAUUCAGGGUUGGCCGGAAAUCUUGUUGGUGUAUUACCAGCUUCUGCCUUGUUCGUAGGCGUUUACGAACCUGCAAAAAAGAAAUUGUUGAAGAUACUUCCUGAAAAUCUUAGUGCUGUUGCACAUCUCACUGCAGGUGCAAUCGGAGGAGUGGCCGCAUCUCUUGUACGCGUUCCAACGGAGGUUGUAAAGCAAAGAAUGCAAACUCGUCAAUUUGCUUCAGCUCCUGAUGCGGUGCGGCUUAUUGUUUCCAAGGAGGGUUUUAAAGGUCUAUAUGCGGGAUAUGGAUCUUUUCUCCUACGAGAUCUUCCUUUUGAUGCUAUCCAGUUCUGUAUAUAUGAGCAGCUUCGAAUCGGCUAUAAGUUGGCUGCGCGUAGGGACCUCAAUGAUCCUGAGAAUGCAGCCAUUGGUGCCUUUGCUGGGGCACUUACCGGAGCUAUAACAACACCACUUGACGUCAUAAAAACUAGGUUAAUGGUUCAGGGAUCAGCAAACCAGUACAAAGGGAUAAUUGAUUGUGUUCAGACAAUCUUAAAAGAAGAAGGUCCUCCUGCCCUUUUAAAGGGUAUUGGGCCACGAGUGUUGUGGAUAGGGAUCGGAGGUUCGAUAUUCUUCGGAGUUUUGGAGAGAACAAAGAAAAUUCUUGCCGAUCGCCAGCUGCAACCAUCUAACCAUCAAAGUUCUGAGCUCCCUAAGCAAGAUUAAGGAACACAUCCGCCUGAUGAUGCUUGAUUUACGGGCUAGUUUUUUUUUUUUUCAGGGUUAUGGGCCACUAACAUUCAAAUCCCAUAACCAGCCUCUGUAUUGUGAAAUUUUGUUAAUUCUGUUAUUGUAUGUAGCAGCAUUUCUAUCUUCAA